AUGGAUAUUUACCCACCACCGAGUAUUUCUUCCUAUAAUACUUCGCGUAUUGACGAUAUUUGUGCGUCCCUGCGUCGAUGCUCCGUGGAGGUGUCUGUGGAGACGUUAUCGGAGUCUCAAAAGGAUCUAGCUUUGCGCACACUCCAUAAUUAUCUUUCUACGAUGUAUUCCUAUUCCUGUCGAACUGAUCCCCCUUUGGAGUCUGAGCAUAAAUUUAAACACCGAUUGCCAGUGAAUCAGCGCAAAGGUCAUUUGGUUAAUCCUGUCAAACCAUCAUCGCGUAAAUCUUUUUCUAAAGUACCUUCCAUAGGUAGAGUUGUCGAUGUGCCUUCCAGAGAACGGUGUGGGAAUGUUACUGGACAUCAGUCUUUUUCUUCUGCCCCUCUACAGUGGGGUAAGUGCGCUAAUCGUCUGUAUCCUCCAUCUUCUGGCGUAACAGGGCUUCCCGAGUGCCCGUAUCUAAACCCCCAAAGAGCAAAAAGUUUUUCGACUUCUCAGGUAGAGAGGGGUAAAUUCAAAGGUUCCGGGAGAGCUUUGUUGGAUAUACUUGAAGGAUUCAAGUGUUUUUUGAAAGAUGUGAUCAUUUUCUUUAGUGCCCCAAAACCAGUAGCAAGCAAUAAUAUCAGAUAUGAUAAUGGGGAGAUGAAUCCAGGAGGAACAGAAUGCGCAGACACUCCAAAUUCUUCUUCAGAGGUAUUCGUUUGUCGUACCUCUGCUAUCCCUUUUUGUGAAACGUUCAGGGCACCGGUGAUCUUGGGCCAAGAUCGUCUCCAGGCUCCCAAGGGUGAAGUUAGCAGUGUAAAGCGGCGUCAAGCGAAAACUGGCAUCAGGAUGGCGGGCCACGAUCUCCAGUCCCCACUACCUUCUUCCUCCAUGCAACAAGGGCCGAGUUCCUCUGCUUCUUUUCAACCCAAGUGGGAGGGCGUUCUGAAGACGGGGCGAGUGCUCUGCGAUUUUGUUCGUUACAUCUUAGCUGGCGGGGCCGUUGUGUCAUCAACCCAGUCAGCGCGUUCUCGUGCUGAGGGGGCUCCCGGUAAUGCGUCAGAAAAGAACUUAUCGUCCUCUUCAGAGGGCGUCAAGGCUACACCGUUGUCAGUGCUCGCUGAGCUACGUUGUGUGGCAUACACGUACACCAAGGAGCGAAUUCUGGAUGGGAUGCAAGCGUUUGCGCCCUCAGUAUCCUCUACAGAAUUGGAUGAAACCACAAUAUGCCAUGCUGCUUUGCCAUGGUGGUUGUGGUCGUUUGCAGCGAUGGGGCUACAUGAGAUAGAAACGGCCGGUGAAGGCACUACAUCUGAAAGGCAGUGUUUAUCAUGCGUGUCUUUUGAACCGUUUGCGUUUCUAAUAACCUGUACUGAUCACCUCCUAGGACAAUAUGUUCGUGAUCAGUUUCGAACGGAAUCUGUCCCUGCUGUACAACAUAUUUCUUCUUUUUUUGAUGUUGGUGUGCACCAUGAAUCCACGUCUAAUAAUUCCUUAUUUCCACUAUCAUCCAAUCAAGUGCCACGAGCUAGUUUUCCUGAUUCAGCCUUUAACGUUGUGGUUACUGAAGGUUCUCCCAAAGAAGUAGGUAUCGAACCUGAGAUAGAGGUGAGUUGCGAGUGCAACCAUGUCACCGGUAUUCAAACCUCUUUUAAAUGUGUGUCACCAAUCGGAAGGAAUGACUCUGAUGGUGCGGAUGUCGCUGGUAAGCUUUUGAUACCCCCCAAUUUAUCUCGGAAGCAUGGGGGAAACAGUUUGAUAGAUGGCUGCAAAUCUUUAUUUCCACCUAGUAAUUCAGGAGAUUCUAUAUGUACACAAGCGACAACUACAAAUUGUAUGCGCUCGGUUCAAUUUACUCCAGGGGACACCACUGACGUUUCUUUAAACCCAACCAAACUUCUGGUCGAGGGAAGAGUAGGUAAACAUGUUGCUUGUACUCUUACUACAUCAAAUAAAUCUAACGGCUCUUUUAGCCAUACAUUUGGGUCCCAUGAACCUUAUAGUACGACCACUGGAAACUGUUCCCGGGAUACGCUUUCUACAUCGGAGCAGAACUUCCUUCUGCAGCAAAAAUCCUCCUUUGAAUUGAUCUCUUUGUUCGCCAAGGCCAAUUCUGAAAAUGUUUCGGAGGAUGAUUGUGAAGGGGGCUCACUCUGUUUCUUUAAUUCAACAAUAGCAGAGGAUGCGGUGAGCUCAGCUAAUACAGCACUGAACCUUGCCACGAAACUGGGGGCGUUGUACACUACCCAGGAUAUGAAUGCACUUUUGUCAAUUAUUUCUAAUGCUAAUACUUCCAAGCAUGAGCAUGAACAAUUUAUUACACGGGAUGUUGAAACAGUGAACAAGUCUCCGAAGUCCCACAUACCUUCCAGCAACUUACCCUACUCUGCCAUGGAAGUACAGUUACCUAUAAUUAUCGCCACCCCACCAUCGAGAUCAUUUGGAGGCUCUCUCCACGACAUUACAAUGAUCAAUACACAAUGUAAAGGUCUAGAUUCUGAUCUAUCAUUGCCUACAGGUAUUUUUCAGGCAAAAAGGGUUCAUCAAGUUUUCAGUGGUGUCCAGCCUGGACAGCUAGAUGACUUUAUGUGCGCCCUCUGUUCUAUUCUUUGCUCACCUUCGAUACUAGUACUGGAUGCAAGAGUUUCGUUGGAAAUGACCUUGUGCAUCUCGCUGAGGCUUCUUAACUAUAUCUUCGCGUACCAUUUUUCCCACCACCUAGCGGCAUCUCUUUUUUUAGAACCAUCAUAUCCACCACAACCGCCACAAAAAUCUGCAGGUACACUCUCACCUUGCCCAUUUUGUUUCUUGGAGACGACGUGGGUGUGCAUAGUGAAAUCUUUAAUCGAUUCAUGUGCAUGUGCGGCUUCUCAGGCAUUAUCCGACCGCCGGCAAGUACUGGCGCAUGAACUUAUCGACACCCUCUCCCUACUUGAAGUUCAGCGCUUCACCAUCGCUUCUCUUCCCUUUUUGGGCAUCCACAGCGAGGGGCUCACAGUUUGCAAAGGUAACGAGGAUGAUGGAAGCGGUGGCAACCCCGGUGUCCUGAACCCACAGAAAUCUGUCAGAGUGCACGCGCAAUCACAUGCUGCUUUCCUGCGUGUGUGGCUCGUCGGUUUCAAGGACGUUUCUGAGACUUCUAAACACCUGUUAAAGUGUGGUUGUACCUCAUCGAGGGCCUUUGAGACUACAGUUUGGUACUUAGCUGGACUAGCAGAUUACUUGAUUCAGGUAGAGCAAUGCACGUGGAAGCUGCUGAAGGGAUCCAAGAACUCAUUUAAUGAUAAUGUUUUCGAUUCGCUACCUCUGAUUCCGUUGCAUACCACAGAGAAUGCAUUGUUUGAGGAAGUGCUUCCCCCAGAUGAGUUUAUUAGCACCAUUGUCGAAUUUAUGGGCACAUUAGCUGAACUAUUUACUUGUAAUAUUCCAGGAGAAACUCAGAGUGUGGAAGAUAUGAACGGUUUGACUAAUGGUUCUGAAGGCGCGGAAGACAGUGAUGAUGAAGAAAUAGACUCUUCUCCAAGCUUCAUCUACAGAUCUGAACCCAAACAUAUCCCAAAGAGUCUAAAGGGCUUCCGAAGUGGACACUUCCACAAGGUUAAGCUGUGUAUGCACUACUUUUUGGAGAUUAUUGACGUUCUACUCCGAUGUUCAAUAAAUCUUCCAGAGAAACCUUUGUUCUUGUACGCACUUGUAGCAAGGUUAUCGUGCUUCGCAUCAGCGGAGGAUGACGAGCUGAAUGAUUCUCCUGUUACGCAACAGCAACACAACGCAACGGUGUUUGAAACUCAUCCUAGUGAUCCUCUUGCUGUCGCUUGGCAUCGUGCCUUAUUGGGUGAGAACUCUGUCCUCAGUCAAAUACACCACUUUGUCAGUAGCUACAGUUGUGCUAUGGUUCAAAAGUUGCUGAAAAAAACUUUAUUUCCCGCGGACAUGGGGUUGAAGUUAUUGCAAAACAAGUCUCAGAUUGAUGGGGUCACAGGUAGUCCAGCUGUUAGUGGAAAUGAAGCCGUGUUCUUUCCCAAAUAUGAGCAAUUGGACGUGAAAGCGCAGGAUAAACAUGAUGCAGUAUUAUUUCCUCCAGGACUUUGUCCAAGCUCAUUCGAGAAUUUACAACUCAUAUCAUACAACAACUCGUAUAAGCGGAUGCAGGACGCUGUUUCGACUAUGUGUUGGCCCACGGAGUCGUUCAAGUACCAUUGUCACGUACGACGUAUCCUUGAACACGCUCAAAUAGUUACCAACUUCCUGGCUAGUAGUUCAACAAAAGUAUCGCAGAGCAUUCUGGAAAACCGGGAUGACAAUAGCGCGGUAUGUUCAAAUGAAAUAAGCCGAACGGAUGAAAUCGGACCUGUUCUGUUUGCCGGUGUUUCAAAGCUACUGGACAUUAAGAGCAGUCCCUGUUCACAGGUUCUGUCCUCUCCUUAUGGUGGGCCUUCCUCGAGUAUUCUUCUGACUAGGGGAAGCUUUAUUCAAGAUCGUCCAUCUUUGUUGUCUGGAGAAGUAUCUGACCGCAUACACCAUACUUAUUAUACUUGCCUAUCGAUACAUUCACUGAAAAGAUGCCUCUCGGACACCUGCAACUGGCUGUGGCUGAGUACCUGUCUCAUUGAGCUUCUCUCUUCUGCUGCCGUCCCGAUAAACCUUAUACAGGGCUCCAAUCUCUCAGAAAUUCAGCCGUUAAAUAGAUCUACUACAUCAAUCAAAGACUCGGGCGUCCAGGAGCCUUAUCGGAUUCUUGCCUUACUAUUCCAGAAUACAUUUUCUGUUCUUCAAAUUUCAUCAUUUUCAACCUACGUUCGUCUCUUAUUUUUACGCAUUGUGCAUGUAUUUUAUUUCACUCCCCAGUAUGGCACUGUGGAUAAUACUGAUACCGAAGGUAACGGUUCCGUUCACUCACUACACCAGUACUCCUUUUAUCAGCCCUUGUAUGAGUAUUGGCAGCGGUACUGUGAGUCAUUAUUGCGCGCUCUUCGCGUAUUAUGCAGUUACAAUAGGAAAGCACAUCAUACAGCACAUAUGUUACACAUUCCGUGUGUACUUACACGUCUUUUACUUAGCCUAUCCAAAGAGAAAUUUAUAGAUACACACAAAGCAUUCUUCGGGGAGAAGACAUUUUCAUCAUAUCUAGGAGCUAGUCUGUCGGGGCAGGGUGCACACUCAGGCGUUGAGCCCAGAUCUGGAAAAACUAUGAGUAAAAGAGAUACACUAACUGAGCUAGUGACUUUUAGCGGCCAAAGGGACAGGUGUGGGCCCAAGACUCAGGGGAGGAGAAUGCGACCCGUGACCCAGGGAGAGCGCCAACAAAAAAACAGCAGAAGUGGCAUGCACGUUAGCGCCAACAGGGAUUUGAUGUUUCCUUUCUCCUCCCCAGCGUGUACACUCGGUACGCGUCCAUUAAAUGGAAAGGACUUGGGUCUUUUAAGUCCAUUUUCUACAAAAAGCACUCUACAUGUCUGUAAAUCAUCAGUGUCGCUUUCCGAGAACAGUUCCUUGCUUGCCAAUACGAGUGUUCUGGUGCCCAAACUACAACUUACUGAUAUGGCUGCGCCAUCUUAUUUCACUCCUUUGAGUGAUACACAAGUCCUCAUGGUACACACUGUUCCAAAAGCUUCGGCCCAUUCUUAUUGUGGGAAAUCAAAAAAAAAAACGUUUGAUAAUGACAAUAGUCUCGGGAUACAGCAUCCGCCGUCAAGAAUAGCGAAGCCACUUCUAGCCAAGGACACGCAUGCGCACACGCUGAUAGAUUCCGAUCUCGGGUUUUUCUGUAGGGUCCCACUGUACCCCACUUUUAAAGUUCUAAAGCACAGCUCUGAUUAUCCCAGGCAAUCUACAAAGAAGGAUUCCACAUGUGAUAGGAGGGAAUCCAGAGGAGGAGAUUGUACAAUUUCUGUGAGUAAUGAUAGCACCACUUUUCGGAGACCAAUCAUACCCCCUCUUUUCGAUAUAGCCACACAUGUUGACCCAGCAUCGACAUUACUUAGUGGUGGAAUUAGCUCUUCUAACAGAGCAGAGACUUUCUCAUCCAAGAGAUCCUUUUUAAACUAUAAUAGCGGGAGCGCUUCCCAUAUAUUAAAGUCUCAUGAUUCUUCCCCUAACGGCUUUAUCGAUUCCACAUUUUCGACCGCGGCGGGCAUUACCCUUAUGAGUUUCCCAUCUAUCGUGACAGAAUUCAUUUUGUGCAUCAGUUCUUUAGUGUUGCAGCGUGAGAGUGGUUUCGUUAGAUAUGACUUUACCGUUUCUUCUAUGCAGAACCGUUUACCGCUGAGCUACGCGAUGAUGCAACCAGAGAAUCUUUACUGCUCAAGUUGUCCAAUGGAUACUGCUGUUCCUACAGAAGAAUGGUAUUCCAGGACUAUCGCAGCCGCAAUAAAUAUUUCUAAAGGAUUGGAUGGUCUUCACGUGCUAAGUGACCUGCAGUGUUACUUAGGGGGGCAUUACCAUGAGCCUGCAGUCCGUGGCGUUAAUUCUUGGCUGGAUAAGCAGUACGGCAAAAUACUAGAACAAUUAUCAAAAGUUCAACUUUUAUCAGGAGCUAAGCGUCGGUCCUUUUUCGGAUCGUUAGAGCCGUGUGCAAUGAGCAACGACAACGGACAUGACAGCUACAAUUAUAUGCUACUGCAUCCGACGGACGCACUGUUAAAACCCUUUAACAGUGGACACUAUACGCUGUUGCGGUUACUCUUACCACGGCGUGUUUGGCUUCGCAAUUUUUUGAUAUGUCGUCGUAUCGGCGCAGGUGGGUUUGGCUCGGUAUACAGUGCUACCCCAUUAUUGCCGCGACUGAGUAUCCUUAAAGGCUCGGGAGAGGAGUUAUAUACUCUUAUAGAUCGACAGGAGGCCGAGGUAGUUUGCCAAUGCACGACUGGAAAUAUAGCUAUUAAGCUCAUUCCUGUCUCUUUUCGAGGUGGCAGAAGUGCUUCCCUGUCUCUGUGCCACUCCGAAGUUUUGGCGCUUCACCGACUGCGCGGCCACCCACACAUCAUCUCGCUAUUGUCAUAUGGUUGCUCAGGUGAAGAAUUCUUUAUCAUGACUCCAGAGUAUACGGGAGGAUCGCUUCAGUCUUGGCGUUUGACGCAGUAUCCGGUUGGCUUCGAUGCACUUAGAGGGGAAAUUCACGCCACAGCCAUUUUUUGUGCGGACAAUGCCUCGCCACUACAAGAGUGUGCUCCAUCUUCUCAUAUCCCGUCGUUCUUUUCGCAGUGCGCCAGCAUCUUCACACAAGUGCUGACUGCAGUAGAGUUUACCCACCGCCACAACAUUAGACAUGGCGACCUCAAGGCAGGUAAUGUCUUUAUUGAUGUGGAGCAGCGGUUCACUGUGGAAAUUGGCGACUACGAUGACCCCAAUAAUCACGGUGAUGGUGCUCUAACAGGUGGAAAUAUGAGUCCUCAAAAGAUAUCAAUGACUCAAGGGGGACAGACUUGCAGCUUUCCAACGGCAGUACGGCUGGGUGAUUUCGGCUCUUGUGAUAGCUGUAACGAGGAAGACAUACAUAUCCUCCUUUGCGACGUGGCAGCAGGAGAAGCGCGGUUCAUGGCAUCUCGAUGGGGGUGUGCAAAGGGCACAGAGGCGGUCCAACCACCGGAGGUUAUGAUCCCAAGACGGCGAUAUCAGAUCUUUCGCGGGAUUCUGAAUAAAUAUUUUAGCCAGAGUUCUAGACAGAAAAGUGGUUCUGUUGAUGACAAGUUUGAUUACUUUUCCUUCUUUGAAGUACCUGGUGCGAGUACUACUUAUAGUAGGGAACACUUUGAGGAGGUUGAUUCGCUCAGAGUCCCCGAAACCUCCAGCAAACUCAAAGCUCUUUUAAAGUGCAUGCAACGGGUCGAACUAUCGGCUGAUAUAUGGAGUUGUGGAUGUCUUCUAUACGAGCUUCUGACUGGUUGCAUGCUUUUUGGAGGUACUCGUCUUGGUAAUCUUGCAGUGUUAGCUAAUGCCACUUCACACACAGCACACACUAAUAACUUUAGCUGUCACGGUGAUACAGCCGCUAUCCACAUGGUGUCUUCUUACCAAUCUUCCACUACCUAUUGUGAAGCAUCGAAGAACUUAACUCAUGAUGCUGUAUGCUCUUGCACACCACAUGGAUACGUGCUAGGCAUGGCUCUUAAUGAACAAGAGCAACACGACUUAACUAAGUCUGUAGAUGGUGAUGUCGUUGAGUUUCUAUGUCAAUUACUGAGUUUGGAUCCGUUAGAGAGGCCAACCGCAUCUGAGGCGUUGUAUCGUUGGAAGAAAUUUACCAGUAAAAUGUGUCUUAACCUUGAAUAG